UGGUAAAUUUCUCAUGUUUUAAUGGAUAAAAUGAAUAAAAAAUAAAUUAAAUUAAGCGGAUAUUUUUACAAUAACGAACACGCUGGCACCGUAGCGCCCUCUACCGGUCAGACUCGGAACUGACCCCCUCCCUCCGCUUUUGUUCGCGCCUUACACUCGCUGCUGCUUUUCCCCACAAACAGGUACGUUCGACCUGCGAAUUCGACGCUAAACAGAAACGAUUUACAGGAAAAAAGUUGUUUUAACCGAAGACUGAAUUUUUUUUUCUUUUUUUAAUGGUUUAUUUGAAAUUUCAGUAAAACGGAGCGUAGCUGGCGAGCUAACGUUAGCUAACUGGGCUCAAGUUUAAACAGUUGACGUUCGAGAAAAUCCGUUAAAUCCGACCGUUUACUUCUAGUGUCGCUGCUGUGGGACUGACGAAGUGAAGAAAUGCUGAAAAUAUCUGUUCUGAAGGUGGAGAACCCUUCGUGCCUCUGGGGCCGGCCCAUUUGGGGUCUCAGCGGCGAUGUGGAGACUUCAGAACUUUACAAAAAGCUACAUUUUCAGAUGAACCUCUUCUACCGCGGCGCCAAGCAGGACAUGCGCACGCUAAAGCCCACAUCGUUGGAGGAAGGACGGGUGUAUGUGGUGUACUGGGCAGUAAAGAAGUCGUGGUGUCGGGCCGUGGUGGAGUCUAUCUUCGUGGACUCGGUUUCCUGUCAAGCUUGGUGCUUUCUGGUCGACCACGGAGAACAAGUCGUCGUCCCCUCAGAGCAGAUCCGGGUGGCGAUGGAGAACUUCCUUCAGCUGCCUUUCGGGGUGCGAAGGUUCCACCUGGCGGGAAUCAAACCAACAACCCUACGAGUGUCUCUGCUUGAGGAGAAGGCAGAGCUCAAACCGUCGGCUCGGUGGGACAGCUCCGCCACGCUCUUCCUGCACAAGCUGCUGCAAGCAUCGACCCUGAAGGAAGCCGUGCUGCUUGAACCCGAGUCAGACUCUACCCCCAUCAAGCUUUACGUGACCAUUGGUGACAUCAAGAUCUGUGUGAACGACGACUUGGUGGCAAAGAGGUUUGCCUACUACAGCACAAAUUCAACCGACGGCCUGGAGGAGGGGGACCGACUUCCUGUGAUGCUGUCCUCCAGCAUCUUAACCCAGAGCGUCUCCCUGGUCUCAAACAAGCCGACAGCACAAACCCAACCACCUUCCGAUCAGCAGAGUCUGGUUGAAGCUGUGGGGGCAGCUGAUUGGCUUACAGCUCCUUCCCCGCCUCCUCAGAUUGUACAACACAAGCUGGUGAAGGCUGGAGGUGAACAUCGGUCAGUGGUCACAAAACAACAGCUAUCUCCAAACAGCCAAUCAGGGAGCGGCUCAGACGCAGCUAAAAGCAGCUCGUCAGACGACACAGACUCGUCUCUGGCUGCAGCCCUCACUAAAAACCUUCAGCUCUUCAGGUUUCUACAGUUUAUGAAGCCUGGCAGCAGUUUCGAGCCAGCAGCUCCGCAGGAAGCGGAGGUGUUGCCUCUGAUAAGCAAUGAAAAACCAGAAGCUGAGACUCUUCAGAGCUGUCAGGCUGAAUCUUUGGUGGAUGAAGAGGCAAGCAGCUCCAGCAGAUCUGUCGCCUCGGCUCCACCAGAGGAGACCCAGAGCAGCGACUGGGUCUGUGCACGCCUGUUGGAGUUGUUGAACCCACAGGCUCUGAACCCGGAUCCCGACGCCGAAGACGCUGUGGUUUCUCCCUUCGACCCCUGCAGGAGUGGGAUUCUGGUGCACGCUACCUUCCCAGCAGAGCCGUGGAUCAGUGUGAAUGACCCCGCCAUCGCAGACACCCUCUGCUGGGUGCAGCGGAAGCAGUACAGCACUUUGUCUCCAGCUGACUGUUACAGCUGGCCAGCUGUGGCUCGAGGAUGCCAUACCCUUGUUAUCUCCAGCAGCGCAGACCAGCCGCUCAGCUACCUUACCCCACUCCUUACUCACAUCAUGCUGAACUCCAUCUUCACUUCCCACACCUCCAGCUCAGGGCCCAUAGCUGUGCUGCUGUGUCCCGGCUGGGAGAAGGUCCAAGCUGUUUAUGACCUCCUGGGGGUGAGUAAGGUCUCCCAAAAACUCCACCCCACAACUGUGCUGCUGGGCAUCGGCAAGGACGAGGCUAAGAGUGUCAAGAUCCCCAAAAACUGCCUGCUGUUGGUGACCACUCCUUUCAGUCUGGUCCGUCUGCUGUCCUGCCACUGCUUCCUGUUCCUGCGGCUGUGCCACCUGGUGCUCGACGAAGCUGACCAGCUCGUCAGUCUGGCUCCAGAUGAGAUGACGACCAUCUUGCAGCACUUCCAGGUCACCUCUGACAAGGAAAGUGAUUCCUGUCCUCCGCAGCUGAUUGUUGUAGCCAAAAGAUGGACAAAUCACAUGGAGGGUUUGUUAUCCACUUACAUGCCAUGCCCCAGCAUUGUCAUAAGUGUUCCCGAGGAAGCCGCUCUCUACGGUAACGUUCAGCAGGUCAUCCUCAUGACUCUGGAGAUCAGUAAGAUCUCAGUCCUGUUGGGAACGCUCGGCUUCAGCCCCGACGUAGGCCAGAAGACGCUGAUCGUAGCGAACUCCUUUCAGGAGGUCGAUGAUGUGUUCAAGGCUGUGAGCACCAGGUCAGUUUUCUGCCUCAAGAUCCACGAAGGGUUAACUCAUGACAUCGACUUUGUGCUUGAACAGUGGAAGAAGGACAUCGGCCCCGGGACUCACGUUAUUCUCGUAACCACCGACGAUUGUCUCAAGGGUCUGGACAUCAGAGAUGCGACCUGCGUCGUCCAUUACAGUUUCCCCUCUUCUCCUAAGCUCUUUGGCAGCCGACUCUUCUGCAUGGCUGAAAACUUCAGGAACUUCUCAAAGCGAGAUCAAAUGAGGAGUUCUGCCGUCACCAGGUCGGUGCUGCUGAUCUCAGAAAGGAACGCCCGCCACGUCAUUGGGGUUUUGCGCUACCUGGAAAGGGCAAAUGCCCUGCUGCCCCCCGAGCUCCUGACCUUCGCACAGGGGGUACAAAUGGCAAACGAGGACCAGAAAACAGACCGCCACCUCUGCAGCCACCUGAAGAGUUUUGGCGUGUGCAGAAACAAUGGCAUUUGUCCUGAACGCCACCGCUUCAUCUCACAGCUGGAUCAGUCCAAGCUGCCGGCAUCUGGAGUCAUAGAAGUUGUACCGCUCUACAUAAAGACAGCCUCAGUCUUCUACGGCCGUAUCGUCGAGAAGGAGGACGGAGGCUUUGAGAAAAUGGCCUCUGAGAUGGCUUCGUACUACGCAGAGAAGAAGCUUGGAGCCAAGAAGCUGCUGGAAGGAGGACUGUACGCUGUGCAGGAGGACGAUGUCUUCCACAGGGUGAAGCUCCUCUCUGUGCCCGACAGAGGCGACCGGCUGUUUUUCAGCGUACUUGUUUGCUUCAUUGACAUGGGAAAGGAGGAGGAGGUGAAAUCCCAUCAGAUCCUUGAGCUGCCGGAGCAGUUUCACUCUCUGCAUGAACAGGCUGUAGAGAUCGUUGUCUGCCGGGUCAAACCAAUUGAUUCUGAGACCAGCUGGCACCCCAAGGUUACCAGAGCCAUCAGCCAGAAGAUCCGCGGACUUCAGCAUCGAGCCAGAGUAGUUCUCAGCCUGGGAAACACAGUUUUUGUUGAUCCAAUGGUUCGCGUCACCCAGAUUCCAGGAAUGAAAACUGUCAUCAAUGAAUACAACGUCCAGGCGGAGAUCCUGAAGACCGGGAUGGGAAUCAGGAACCAGGAGCAUGUGGACCUGCUGAGAGCGCUGUGUGAGGAGAACAGCAGCAGCAAGGAUGACGGUCACGUGUCCAGGCUGGCAGAUAAUAUUACAUCUCUGGAGGAUGUCAGGAUUACAGCUGAGGAAGAAGUUCUGGCCAACAACUUCAAGGCUCCAGACCUUUCUCCACUAGAGGCAAUGAGGUCAGGAAACCAGUCCCUGGUCCCAGCACCUACAGAUCACCUGGUCCCAGUGUGUGAUCAGAACUCCCAGUCAGAGAGUGAGGGUGGUUUUGGACAGAGAAACACUGAUAAGAAGUCAGCUGAGCAGAUGGAGAGCACCAGAGAUGGAGCCAUUUUCCCAUCAACCAGCUACACUGCUGCUCUGAACCUGCAUGAAGAAGGUGUGCAGGAAGGUGCUGAUCAAAGCACCAGGGAGCAGGUCAUCAGCACCAGCAUCAGAACAGGCUCUGAUGAUGCAUCACGAAGUUUCCACCCUCUGAUCCGCUGGUACCAGACGCACGACUCUGCGAUUGUGACCAUGAAGCUGGCAAACCCGGAGAACCAGCGCUGCGACUUCUACUCGGACCGAGUCAUUUACAGUGGCAGCGUUAACGGUCGGUUCUACAGAGCUGACCUGGAGCUUCACUACAAAAUCGCAGCUGACGUUUGCUGCUGGGAAAUGAAAUCCAAUGAACCAGUUCUCAAACUAGUGAAGCAGCAGCCGGGACCCUGGGACAAACUCCUCAGAAACAAGAAUAUAUUUGUGAGUUAUGACAUGGAGCACUUUGAUGAGGGUGAAGCUGAGGACGGAGUGCCAAAUGGUCCGUGGUUUGUGGAGAACACGGGUGAAGAUGACUGGUAUGGGAACUCAGAGAGCAGCAGUGAGAGCGACGACUUUUUAUAACAUCCUCCAAACACCGUCAUCCUUGGGGUCGUGGUGUCUGUUCUGUGACCUUUGACCUCAGUAAUGUUGAGGCUUCUGCCGGUUCAAUGGGAGCAAAUUAACUUGAGCACAGAGUAGGGGUUCCAGAUUUACUUACAUGAGAGUCCAGCUGCUGCGUUUUCACCAUCAUGUCAGUGACAGGAAAAAAAAUUUGGGUUCUGUUUUCACUUUGAUUUUUUUCCCAGUGACCGUUCAUCGUUGUUCUGAAAUAGUCGUAGUGUUCCCCCUCCGACCAAGGUUUGUGAGCUAUUUCAGGUGUCACACUUCCUCUAAAGAAAUUUCACCCGUGCAUCCUCCAUUAGAUCUCCUCCUGAUGUUUUGGGACAUAUUGUGCAAAAAUACAGACGAUCUGAAAUUUUCAUCCUUCAACAAACGGACAAAAAACAUGGAACCAAUAUAUUAAAAAAGCAGGAAAGUGGUAGUGCUUUCAGGCUGUUGCUGCUGACUCAGCGCAGCUUCUUGUACCAACAGACCGUGAAAUGAUUAGUUAGGAUCUCUAUCAAAUGUCUGAUUUAAGAAAGCUUGAACCACUUUUGGUUUAGUUUUUAUGAGCAGUUUAAAAGGUAUUUUCUGUAAAUUCAUGUUUUUUAUCGAGAUGACUUUCUGACUAAAGAUGUUUGUGCUGACAAAACGUAACAGUAGAACCAUCUGCAGGGAUAACCAGCACCAUGUACGGAGGUUCGUGGACUAACUGUCCUUUUAAAUUGGUGAACAAACACUGGGGCUCCAAAAUACUUCCUGAUGUCAGUCACAUGACGGUGAGAUGCUGAUAACGGACUCUGGUGUGUGUGGGUCACAGGGAAUGCUGUAAGGUAAAUGUAAUGACUGGAGCCAAAACUGCGUUUUGAUUUUUCUUUAUUUCAAAUUCUCGUCUGCAGUUGGUCGCUUCUCCUCCAUAGGAACUUUGCUGUUGUUGCUGCUGCACAAUAAAAAGUCUUAAAUAUAAAGUUUACAAUAAGAAGUGUACAUGUAUAAACUGACGGUGAGAAUUUAAACUAGUCUAAGUUUUAGAAAUUUCAGAGUGAGUUGUUUUAAGUUUGAAAUGAAAAUGUUCCUUUUUAAGCUUCUAAUUUUACAGAUUAUUAAAAAUAUUCGGUGUGAGCUGACGCUGCCGGCUGAGAUUCAUACAAGCGGUGGUUGUUCCAUUUCAGAUUCAGGUCAUGUUAUUCUUGUUCUUAUUCAUUGGGUCUUUACUUCUGUUAUUUAGUGCAGGUUGGUUUCACAGUGUUCACCCUGGGCUUGUUCUUCUCCUCAAACUCUUUUUGAGGAGAAGACGAGCAGCUGGAAGACGAAACCGUUUAACUUUUCCCACCGCAGUCGAUUUAAAUCAAACACUGGAUGUGACUGAAGGGCCGACUUUGAGCUUUAAUUCAGGUUUUCACGCCCGGUCUGUGUUAACUGUUUAUGAAUUACACCCAUUUUUCCCCAGAGUGACCCACUCUGUAGAUGAUGAUGAUGGUUUCAUCUGUAAACUGUUUUUACAUUUGUGAAGGCAUCGCGUGAUUGUUGACCUUCACAGUUAUACCUCUGCCUCCUCGUCGUAUUCUCGGUUUGUUAGAUCUCGUGAAGCAUGGAAAUAAUUCUGUGAUCAUCCACUGUAUUUGUCUCACAGACACUUUGGUGCUGCUGAUCUGCUCAGUGCUUUCCUUCUUUUUAAAGAAAGAUCCAGACUUUUGAUUUGGCCAAUCCUAAAGGUUUAUUUUUAUUUUUUUUUAGCCUCGCUUGCUUCCUUGAUGGAAUAAGUUCUGUGCAUUUUAUCUGCUUAUUUUGUCAUGGAAGGAGCUGUCUCAUGGUGGUUGACUGUGUAUAUAAAUGGCUGUAAUUCCUAAACAGUUAAUGCAAUACUUGAAUCACACUGAAAAGGAGGAGCUGGGAUGAAGGCGGGUUGCAAAAUGGCCAUCAGUUAAUUUUUUUCUGUUUCCUGUAAAAGUACUCAAAGUAUUUACUGUAAAUUCCAGCAUUUACGAAUAGCUUUGUUGAUUUUGGAAAGUUUCAAACUAAGACGUCUGUAAAAACGACUCAACUGCACACUCAGAAGAUCUGCACUCAGCUUAUUUUACUUUGAGCGAAUAAAAACAGGUUUAGGAAGGAUGGGUAUUCUCAUGUAUGAGGCACCAAACAGUAGCUGAAGCACCUGGAAAGCGACUCCUCUCACUCAGCACCAACUCCCAGAAUGAAAUGAUCAAAAUAGACGAGGGGGGGGGGGGUGCAGAGGAAUGAAUCACCACCACCUUCUUUUGCCCACCACAGCGACUCAUCAGCCUCCAUCUCCUCCUAUCCCAGCGUCGUCCUCUGUCACACCAGUCCUCUGCAUGUCCUCCUUCACUAUAUCCAUGAAUCUUCUCUGAGGUCUUCCUCCUUUCCUGCUGCCUGGCAGCUUCAUCUUCAUCAUCCUUUGUCUAAUAAGAGAGUUGAGGAAUGGAUGAUGAUGGUGAACUCGAUCUCAAACUGUUCUCAUUUCUUUCUUCAAGUUUCAGCUACUACAUUAAACUUCCUGGGUAAAUCUGCCUCCUGCUGGUGAAAGGUGUAGUGACGUUUUGCAGGAGGUCAUUUGUUUCCAAUUCUCUCUGUUGGUUUUACAAAGUGCUGUGUGAAACUUGUUCAUCAGUCUCCUGUACCACCACCUGCACUAAAAACAGCAAAGUGAAAGAAUCGAAUGUAAUCAAGCAUAGGUGAAGUUUCUCAGGCUGGCGUUUGUUCCCAGCAGCUCCCGUGCACACAUUAAUAAAAAUCAGUUUGCAAUGUUCGAAGCUGUAACUUGGCUCACUUUUUCUUUAAAUGUUCUGUAAAGAUUUAAUCCUCAUCACUUUGAGUUCAAUAAAAAUUAUUUGUUCACUGAAACUAA